GACUUCUAAUUAGUAGUGGAGGACUACAAGUCCAACCUCUCUCUUGAACUCUUCCUGCAGCGGAACGAAAGCCGCAGCAUGUCGAGGACGUCGAAACCGCUCACAUUGACCCGCUUGAACGAUGUAAUUCUGGGCCCCUUCGCCUUGGUUCCCCCGUCAGAGACGCUGGACCACCUGGUCCGCUACCUGAGUACAUGGAGUGGAAGCGACAAGCUGCUCAUGAUAAUUGACUACACGGUCAAGCUUCUUGUCCCUUUCCUAAGCUGGCGAGCACGCAUACAGGCCAAGGCAGGCUUGCGUAAGGUUCCCGCAAGCCAGGCUGCUCAAGGGCUAGCGAAGCUCGGCAGCCUCGUCGGGGACGCGCGAAUGCUCUUCAGGAUCUGGGGUCUUCUCCCGAUCGUCCAAUGGCUCAUCUCUCUCGAGCGCAAUCCGCCUCCCACCCGCCGCCUUCUCACCAUCGAGCGGCUGCAAGGGUGGUCCAUGCUGCUCUACUAUCCCCUCGAGCACCUCUACUACCUCCGCGCCCACGAAAUCAUCCCCGCCACUCUGCCCUCCCUCCUCUCUCUCUUCUCAUCUCAGGCCAAGCCAAUCGAAGUCAACACCAACAGGGUGGGCAUGUGGUCCUGCCGCUUCUGGGCGGUGUACGUAGCGCUCCAGUUCGCCCACCUAGACGAGGACCGCAAGUUGCUCAGGAUGACCGAGCGAUCGAUCGCGAAGAGUAAGGGACACGACCCUGCCGUUGAAGCGGAGAGGGCGGACCUGCGCAAGAGAUGGACAGCGUUCCGCAACGAGCUCGUAGCCAAUAUUGGUUAUCUGCCUUUGACGUUACAUUGGUCGCUCGAGCAAGGCCUCUUCUCCAAUGAGGUAUGGGUCGGCGUAUUUGGCCUCGUCGCGGCAAUAGCGGGAUGGCGCAGCGGAUGGCAGGCCACAGCCCUGCCCAGUUCGACGUCAUCGACAUCCCCGCCAAACCCCGACGCUGCUAUAGAGCUCGAAAAGACCGGCGGUGUACCCAACUUGACGGAGGUGUCUUCUACUGUAGGGUAUACCAUGACGGAUGCCGAUAUAGCCCCUGCUGGUCUGGAUGAGAUGUAAGAGAUCGGUAGGAUCUCCGCUUGUCUGUUUGCUCUGGCGCUAUCCAAGCAGCCUGUUAGUGUUCCCUACUAUUUCCCAGCAUCAAGGGUCAUUCGUCACGACAUAUGUUGCUGUUUAUCGGAGCGAACGCUGCUAUGUAACAAUGUAACUAUACUCGCGACUCUGCGUAUUGAACAUGCGCGCCUGUGGAUUGCAUGUGGGACUCCGAC